UUUGCCAAGAAAAGUACAUUGAAGAUUUGCUUAAAAAAUUUCACAUGGCAGCAUGUAAACCAGUGUCCACACCUAUGUCUUCUAAUGAGAAAUUGCAGCAAGAAGAUGCAGCGGAAAAGGCAGAUGCAAAGACGUAUCGAAGCCUUGUUGGUUCCUUGAUUUAUCUCACAAAUACAAGGCCAGAUAUUGUUCAUUCAAUCAGCCUUAUAUCAAGGUUCAUGAAUCAGCCUAGCAAGCUGCAUUAUGCAGCAGCAAAAAGAAUUCUUCGCUACCUGCAAGGCACCAAGAAGCAAGGCAUUUUGUACAAAAAGGAGAAUGGCAACAAUCUUGUUGGUUUCACUGACAGUGAUUGGGCUGGAUCACUUGAUGACAGAAAAAGCACGUCUGGCUACAUCUUUUGCUUGGGAUCAAAUGUGAUUGCUUGGAGUUCAAAGAAGCAAAAGACAGUUGCCUUAUCUUCAGCAGAAGCUGAAUAUAUUGCAGCAACUGAUGCAGCAUGUGAAGCUAUUUGGCUAAGGAGAUUACUUUCAGAUUUGCAACAAAAAAUUGAAGAACCUACUGUUAUUUGCUGUGACAAUAUGUCAGCUAUUGCAAUGACUAAGAAUCCUGUUUUUCAUGCAAGGACAAAGCACAUUGAGCUUAGGCACCAUUUUAUUCGAGACUUGGUUGAUGAAGGUGAAAUCCAACUGUAA